AUGGCAUCAAGGUAUUGUUACAAGGAUGUGCUUCCAUUCACUGCAAUGGUUGCAAUGGAGUUCUCAAACGUUGGUGUUAGUGUUCUAUUCAAAGCAGCUACUCAAAAGGGAUUGAGUUUCUACGUUUUCAUUGCUUAUUCAUAUGUUGUCUCCACUCUUGUUCUUCUUUUGCCUCUCCCCUUCUUCUUCAAAUGGUCAAGAGGGCUCCCCCCUUUGAACGUCUCUCUAAUCUUCAGAAUCUUUCUCCUCGGAGUUUUGGGAGUUGUGGCUCAGCUAUUUGGAUAUAAAGGACUUGAAUACACAACACCUACUCUUGCUUCUGCUCUUGCCAACCUUAUACCUGCUUUUACAUUCAUCCUAGCUAUCUUUUUCAGGAUGGAGAACAUAAUUUUAAGAAGCAAAAGUAGUCAAGCCAAAAUAUUGGGUUCUAUCGUAUCGAUAUCAGGCGCACUCAUAGUUGUACUUUAUAAAGGUCCAAUGAUUAUAUCUUCACCAUCGACAAAACCACUACAUUCUAUUGAUUCUCAGAUAAAUUUAACAACGCAAUCGAAUUGGAUUCUCGGUGGAUCUCUACUUGUUAUAGAGUUUCUCAUUGUUCCUGUCUGGUACAUUGUUCAGACAAAUGUCAUAAAACAAUAUCCAUCAGAGAUUAUUGUGGUCUUUUUGUAUAACCUAUGUGGAGCACUAGUGUCUGUUCCACUAUGCUUACUACUAGAACCAAACUUGAGUGCCUGGAAAAUAAAUCCCGAUAUCGAGUUGAUCUCCAUUAUAUACUCGGGAAUUUUUUGCACUGGAUUAAGUAGUCUUGUUCAUACUUGGGGACUCCAUGUUAAAGGCCCUUUAUAUGUAUCAAUGUUUAAGCCAUUGUCAAUAGCUAUUGCUGCAUGUAUGAGUGCUAUAUUCCUUGGUGAUGCACUGUAUUUUGGAACGGUUGUUGGAGCUGUAGUAAUAUCGAUUGGAUUCUAUGCUGUUUUAUGGGGAAAAUCUAAAGAAGAAUUGAAUGAUGAUUUUGACACAAAUAGAGUUCCACUUUCAUACGAUGCCAAGACUCCUUUGUUGAAAGGCUAA